AAUGGCACCGAAGCAUGAAGAGGAAGCACUCUCCCCCUCGCAACAUCGAGUUGGGGAGCAUUGGAGUGGAGGUAAUACAAUCCCUACAAUCCAGAGGUUCAUGGAACGUCUGGAGGGGGAGAAAAAAGAACGAGAGGAAUAUGGGAGACAACAAGAUGAAAAAGAGAGACAAAGAGAGGAGGAAGAGAAGCAAAAAGGACCACAAGGAAAAACCGAGGCCGCUCCUCAUAAACCGCGAAAGGUGCCCAAAGGAAGAACACGCAUGGUGACGGACCCAACAACUGGUAAUGACAUUGAGGUUGAAGAUUUGGAGGAGGAUUCUAUGGAUACAGUCAAAUCCCCUAUGCUGUCUGUUCCAAAUGCCAAUCUGGGAAAACCAACCGACAUUAAAACCGAUCCUCACCAGAGCUUCUCCGAGUAUAAAGAAAAUCAAGACAUUACAGCACCUCCGGAUCCCAUCGCUGAGGGUACCACUUCAGACGUUCCCAUUCAUGGCGAAAAGACCAACGUUCUAUUCCACCCUACCCCAUCCAUCUCCUACAGACCUAUGUUUGAACAAUUGGAAAGGCGUGCAACGGGCCUUUGCCUCGGGAUUACUGCUGGAAUAAUCUUUCUUGGGAGAAUUUUCGGUGGUUCCAUGUGGGGGCUCCUGCCAUUAUCCUUUUGCGUUGCAUCUGGUGUAUGGCUCUGGAUGAAGGAAGUUAUUCGAAGUGGUCGGGAGAUGGAAUGGAGUAGUGAGCAGCUUCGCGGCCAGACGGCUAUUGCAAAUCUCCUACCAGAAUCGGUAGAGUGGAUGAAUACCUUCCUUGGUGUCGUGUGGGGUCUUGUCAACCCUGAAAUGUUGUCACCUAUUGCCGAUACCAUUGAAGAUAUCAUGCAGGCUUCUGCGCCUGGGGUCGUUGAGAACGUUCGCAUUGCAGAGAUUGACCAAGGAAACAACCCAUUGCGGAUUUUAAGUAUGCGCGCUCUGCCAGACGGCCAUGUGCAAGAUCUCAAAAACAACAUACACGAAGAAAACCAGAAAAAGGACCCCCAAGAAGCGGCCGCGUAUGAGGAAGGUGGCAGUUAUUAUAAUAUGGAGGCUUCUUUCGCCUACCACGCGAAACCUAGCAGCCAAACUGCUUCGUCAAAAGCACGCAACAUGCAUAUGCAGUUGGUCUUCUAUCUUGGUGUUCGCGGCCUCUUCGGUGUGCCAUUCCCGGUGUUUGUUGAACUUAACGAGAUGGUCGGAACUGUGCGCAUGCGGUUUCAAUUGAUGCCAGAGGCGCCAUUCAUGAAGGAUUUGACUUUCAGUCUUGUCGGCAUCCCGCACAUUCGGGCUGGGUGCAUGCCAAUGGUCAAAGGUGGAGUUAAUAUCCUGAAUCUUCCAUUGAUCUCGAACUUUGUCAACUAUGCUAUUGGUACCGCCUGCAGUCUCUUUGCGGCACCGAAGUCUAUGACCAUGGAUCUGAGUAUGAUGCUAAAGGGGGAUGAUAUCAACAAAGAGACUCUGGCCCUGGGCAUCAUGUGGGUUCGAAUUCACCGUGCAGUCGGAUUGAGCAAGCAGGACACGCGUGGGAGCUAUGGUGGUGGCAGUGACCCCUAUAUCAAUCUCUCCUUCUCUAAAUACGGAAAACCUAUGUACUGCACUAGGGUCAUCACAGAUGACCUCAACCCCGUUUGGGAGGAGACAGCUGCUUUGCUGGUAAAUGCAGAACUGAUCAAGGCUAAGGAGAGCCUGAGCGUAGAGCUCUGGGACUCAGACCGAAGCACUGCUGAUGACAUUGUCGGAAAGGUUGAGUUACCAAUCUACGAAAUGUUGCAGCACCCCGGCCGAAUGUUCCCUCAGGUUUCCAGGCUUCAGGGCCUAAAUGACGGCAGUGAGAUGCCGGGCGAACUACAUUGGGAGGUUGGCUUCUUUGGGAAGCCAAAGUUGAGGCCUGAAUUGAGGACCGACGGAAAGAAGAAAGAUCUCCCGGACAACCUCAGGGACAUUCCCGAAUUCCAAGAUGAGAAAGGCAUCAUCAACAACGAGAAAGAAGAUGCUAUCGUGCAUACACCACUUGACCCUCUUUGGCCCAGUGGAAUUGUCAGCAUCGUGGUUCACCAGAUUGUGAACUUACAGCUGGCCAAUAUUAAAGGAAGCAAUGGGAAUCGCAAAGGAAGAGAGUAUGAACCAGCCAGAGCGUAUGGCGAAAACACCGAAGAGCAGGGAGGUGAUCUGCCAACUAGCUACUGCAAGAUAGUUUUAAACGACCAGCUGGUUUACCGUACUCGACCAAAGGCAGUGAGUUCCAAACCCAUCUUCAACGCAGGAACAGAACGAUUUGUUCGGGACUGGAGAUCGGCCAUCGUCACCGUCACCGUCAGAGAUCAACGGUAUCGUGAACAUGACCCAAUUCUGGGGGUGGUACCUCUCAAGCUUUCCAAUAUCCUCCAAAGAAGCUCCCAAGUCACCCGAUGGUACCCUCUUGACGGCGGAAUAGGAUUCGGACGCAUCCGUAUCUCGCUUCUAUUCCGACACGUGGAAACCAAGCUGCCCCCGAAUAUGCUUGGAUGGGAUGUCGGGACGUUCGAGUUCACCUCGGACAAAAUCACAGCAACAAACCUAAACCAACGAUGCAAGAUCAAGUUGCGGACUGGUGGCAGUAGUGGAAAAGUCACACGACACCUGUGCUCGAUUGAAGAGAGUGGCUUGUCCUACAAUAUCGCCGACCAAGCCUUGCGAGACAAAAUCCGUCUCCCCGUCAAGCAUCGCUACCGGGCCCCUGUUGUCUUUGAGUUCCACCCACAUGGAAAGCUAGGAGCAACUGCCUAUACGGUUCUAUGGCUACAACACCUGGUGGACAAUGAAGAUACCGAGCUCGAUCUCCCCAUCUGGUCGACGAAGAACGGAAACCGCCUAACCCAGAACUACAUUACAGAAUUCAACUGGAAAGCCAAGCAAGUGCCGGGUCUGGAAGACCUGACUGAAAUCGGACGACUCAAGCUCCGCGGCUGCUUCACGCCCGGAAUCGACGAGUCCCACGAACAGUUUGUCGUAGAUAGCAACUCCCGCGAAACGUUCGAGACGUGGGAAGCCUGCAUUGCAGAAGGGGUACGCACACGAACCGUCGCCGCAGAAGUCCCCGAGGAAGUCGAGCAGAUGCAUGAGAAAUCUCUCGUGGACGGACGCGACGUGCUCAAGCAGGCAGACCCAAAAGAGCGCAAGCGAUGGCUCGACAAACAGGGUCAGGACUGGAGCGGUGCCUUUGGCGAUGACCCCCGGGCCUACCUCGACUCCAGAGGACGAAAGAUCGCAGAACCAGGCCGGGACGCACCACGCCACGACCCGGUGAAUCCACCUCCAAUCAACCCCGACGCACAGGGGCAAUUCAAACUCGAAGAAGCCAACGGCUCGAGCGACGAAGAAGAGGGCGAGGGCGAGGGCGAGGGCGAGUCACAACCACAACCAGAAUCAGAACCCGGGCGCCAGCCCUCCACCGAAACCAUGACAAGCUCCUCACAACAAAGUCAAAGCCAGAGCCAAAGCGAGGCCGGACCGAGCGAAGGCCAAAUGCAAAAGGCAAACCGACGCAGCGAGCAACGGCAACAACGUGGAAUGAUGCAGUGGAAGCCGGCUCGCAAUGUGGUGUUUGCCAAGGACGAAACCAAGUUUGCGCUGCGCAAGGUGAGACAGAAGAUUGGGGGAAAUCUGACGGGACGAGAGCCGGAUAUUGAGACUGAGACGGGGGGUUAGUACAUAGAAUAGGAUAGGAUACCUGUUGAUACUGUCUGUACAUGUUAAUUCUUCAUUGUAUAUUAUUUUAGUUGAUAUGAGUCAUACUAGUAAGAUAUCAC